GGCGCGUGAGUGAGGAGCCGCGGGCCGUGGGCGCUCUCGGCUUCCCGCCGGGGCCAUGCACCGGCGCGCACACGACACGUCUCCACAGCCCGGGGCUCCGGAGCGGCGGCUGCAGGGUCUGCUGCGGCCGGGGGAUGCUGCGGGGAGGCUGGGACCCCCUCCAUCUUCCCUCUCACCCCGCGCACCCGUCAGUCCGGCCCAGAAAGCUCCAGCGAGAAGCUGCUGCGGGCUCGGAGAUUGCUAGUCCCUGGUUGGUACCAGUUCUGAGUCGCAGUCCGACUCGGCGACGAAGGGAAUGAAAGCUACUGGUUGACUUAGAAACCCCUGGGCUUCACAGAUUUGAAGACAUCCCAGAGUAAGGCACGAUGUCAACAGCAGGAGUUGCUGCUCAGGAUAUUCAAGUCCCAUUAAAAACUGGAUUUCUGCAUAAUGGCCAAGCCUUGGGGACUAGGAGGAGCUGCUGGGGCGGCGGCAGUGAGUUUGAGAAUAACUUUCUAAACAUUGAUCCAAUAACCAUGGCCUACAGUCUGAACUCCCCUGCUCAGGAGCACCUAACAGCUCUUGGCUGUGCUUCGCGGCCUGCUCCAGUGAGUGGCCACUUCUUUGCAGACUGUGGUCCGUCUCCAAAGUCAAGCUUGCCCCCUCUUAUUAUUCCCCCAAGUGGCAGCCUGGGACAGCGUGAAGAGGAUCAAGUUGUGUGUGGUUUUAAGAAACUCUCAGUGAAUGGGGGAUGCACAUCCACACCUCCACUUACCCCUGUCAAGAACUGCCCUUCCCCGUUCCCCUGCGCAGCUGUGUGUGAUCGUAGCUCCCGGCCGCUCCCACCAUUGCCCAUCUCUGAAGACCUCUCUCUGGAUGAGGCCGACUGUGAGGUCGAAUUUCUAACCAGCUCAGACACAGACUUCCUUCUAGAAGACUGUGCACCUUCAGAUUUCAAGUAUGAUGUUCCUGGCAGGCGAAGCUUCCGUGGGUGCGGACAGAUAAACUAUGCAUAUUUUGACACCCCAACUGUUUCUGUAGCAGAUCUCAGCUGUGCAUCUGACCAGAACAGAGUUGUUCCUGAUCCGAAUCCUCCCCCACCUCAAAGCCACCGCAGAUUAAGGAGGUCUCACUCAGGACCAGCUGGGUCAUUUAACAAGCCAGCCAUCCGGAUAUCUAGCUACACACACCGAGCUUCUCCCACCUCAGAUGAAGAUAAGCCUGAGGUCCCUCCCAGGGUUCCCAUACCUCCUAGGCCGGCAAAGCCAGACUACAGAAGGUGGUCAGCAGAAGUGACCUCCAACACAUACAGUGAUGAAGACAGGCCUCCCAAAGUCCCCCCAAGAGAACCUUUGUCGCGGAGUAACUCCCGUACCCCAAGUCCUAAAAGCCUUCCGUCUUACCUCAAUGGGGUCAUGCCCCCGACACAGAGCUUUGCCCCGGACCCCAAGUAUGUUAGCAGCAAAGCCCUGCAGAGACAGAGCAGCGAGGGGUCUGCCAGCAAGGUCCCCUGCAUCUUGCCCAUUAUUGAAAAUGGGAAGAAGGUGAGUUCAACGCAUUAUUACCUACUACCUGAGAGACCGCCGUACCUAGACAAAUAUGAAAAGUAUUUUAGGGAAGCAGAAGAGACAAACCCAAGCACCCAAAUCCAGCCACUACCUGCUGCCUGUGGUAUGGCCUCUGCCACAGAAAAGCUGGCCUCCAGGAUGAAAGUGGAUGUGGGUAGUCAUGUGAAGCGCAAACACUUAUCCUACGUGGUUUCUCCAUAACUAUGGGGGUCAUGGCUCAGUGGAAGUUACAUGGAGCGGAUGGCUUCCAGUUUUCCGAUUUGAGGUUCCUGGAACAGGCUGCAGAAUGCAGUCGGACUCCGUCUUAAUGAGAAAAGCUCAGAGCAGGCGUGAGGCGCUGUACGCUGGGAGUCCCCGAUGAUCAGCGUCGGAGAAAAGGGGAGAAUGGGAAAACUUUUACAUUUGACUACAUUCUAUACCUAUGUAUAAAUGUGUGGUGUAACCAUAGACCAUAGCUGCAGGAUAACCAAUUAGUCACUGUCUUAGAGUAAUAUAUAUUCAGAAUAAUUAAAACCAAGCUGGAGGAACAGCUCCUGAUAGUGUGAAAAUUGAGCAAAUGGAAGAAAGCAGUAUUGUUAGAUCAAAUUAUAAAUUUGUGUGUUUGUUAAGUUCAAAGAUUCCUGGCGUUAGGGCCUGCUGUAUAGUUUGUGUGCCCUCCCCCCGCCCCCCACCCCCACCGCAGUUUUCUCCAUACAGGACAGGGCGUGUUCUACACUAGGCCUUUGCCAUCUUGUUAAAAUCAUUCUCUGGCCUAACACAUCCAGCUCUGGGGGUUUGUCUUGUUGAGGAGGACAGCAGUUUCUGGACCACAUUAUCCCCUGUGUGCGCCUCGUAUCUUGAAAAUUGACAGAAUUGGUGAAUAACUUUUCCACACUAUUCCUGCUUUUCCCCAUCUAUUGAAAUGGCCCUUUGUAGCAAGAGGCUUUCGAGAAAGUGCGACGGAGCCGUGCUGGCCGUAGUGGGGGUGCAGGUUUUAGAGGUGCGGCCGUUAGCUAUGUGAUUGAGAGUCACUGUGGGGAUGGAUGGUGUGUUUGUGUUUUGUUUUUGUUUUUUAGACUUAAUAAACAAGUACAGCACAAGCGGGCUUGUGUUGCUGGUUCCUGGUCAGUAUUCCUGGGGUUGUUUGCUUUGUGAGUGAGACACUUCUGACCAAUAGCACAGAACGUCUUAACGCCAGAGGUCACUUCAGCAUCGUCCUGCUUUGGAAACUCAUGGCGGGCUGCUUCACUGCCCUGAGAUGCAGUGAGACACGUAGCUUUGUUCAGUUUUUUAUAUCCUCUGAUGCGUUUAUCUUCUACAGAUAAGCACAAAGAGAAGGUGCUUGCUAACAGAGGGGCACUGCUGCGAUGUCCCAACAAGCUGUUCAGUUUCAACUGCUGAAUGACAUUAUUUGAGCUAUUUAAAGCUUACUGUAUUUUAGUAUGAACUAAAUGAAGGUUAAAACAUGCUUUAGAAAAAUGCACUGAUCUCUGCACUGUGUGUACAGUAUUGGACAAAGGAUUUAUUCAUUUUGUUGCAUUAUUUUGAAUAUUGUCUUUUCAUUUUAAUAAAGUUAUAUUACUUAUUUAUGA